CAACUCCUCCUCUCAGCACCCCGACCCGCAACGCGUCGCGUCUCAUCAUCUGCCAUCCACCAUUUUCAUCACUUUCCAUCAAUUUUCGAGCCAAAUUUAACCUUUUAACCUUCUGACAAUAUGACUGGACGUGGAAAAGGUGGCAAGGGUCUCGGCAAGGGUGGCGCCAAGCGUCACCGCAAGAUCUUGCGUGACAACAUCCAGGGUAUCACCAAGCCCGCCAUCCGUCGUCUUGCGCGUCGUGGUGGUGUCAAGCGUAUCUCCGCCAUGAUCUACGAGGAGACCCGCGGUGUGCUCAAGUCCUUCCUCGAGUCCGUCAUCCGUGAUGCCGUCACCUACACUGAACACGCCAAGCGUAAGACCGUCACCUCGCUGGACGUCGUCUACGCCCUCAAGCGCCAGGGCCGUACCCUCUACGGUUUCGGUGGCUAAAUUAUCGGUCUCGUUCUUUUUUGGCUGUCCCACAUACAUUCAAUCUCGAAAUCAUUCUCGUGUCAUGUCUUGACAUUGCGAGAGCAUUGGUGAAUACUGGCCUGCCCGCUGGCUCGUUGACAUCGACCAUGGAUGCGUAAAUGAAUGGCCAGAUAUGAUGGACGGUCAUGGUUGCGGUGUUAUUCUCCUUUUACUUUCAAGCAAAGGCUCUGGGAUAUCUGCGCUUUUCUCUUUACAACAAACUGGGUACGGGGUUCGGGAUGGUUGGGUUGGUUUAUUCUCAAAUGAUAUCUAUCUACGUCUGCUGGGUUAUGGGUUCGGAUAUGAAGGAAUGGCUGGAUUGUUUCUACUGUCUGUAGACACCUCGU